AUGGAACCUACCACGUUAGUGGAAAUAGAAAAGAGCUCAUAUUUUGAAACGUUUGGUACAGACUUUCCAAAUCAUCACUUUGAUGACAUCUAUGAAUAUUUCGAUUUCCUCAAUAGUUAUUAUCUCGAAGAUACUCAUCAGAAUGCAGCUAUCACAAGUAUAAUCAUCGCUAUCAAUACUAUUAUAAUUAUUGUAGGAGUACUUGGAAACCUUCUGAUCAUUGCCAGCAUAGCGCGAAGCAAGAAAAUGCACAGACCAACGUAUAUUAUGAUUGGUAAUAUUGCGUUUAGCGAUAUAAUUAUGACUGCUGUGUGUCUGCCUUUCUCGCUGACUUAUUCCUUUCAGGAGAACAUGGAAUUCGGAGACAUUAUUUGUGGAGUUGUGCCAGCAUUACGGAUAAUAUCUGUAUGUGUAUCGUCCGCUUCAUUAACUGCCAUUGCCAUCAGUCGGUAUUACGUCAUAGUACACCCGAUGAAGAAGCGACUUUCGACGAGCAAUUGCAUCAUUAUCAUUAUUAUUAUUUGGUUAGUGGCUAUUAUCCUUGCUGUCCCGUUAGGGAUGUUCACUAAGCGUGAGGUUAUAGAAGUGACAGGAAUUUUUAAAAAAGUUAUAUGUUCUGAACAAUGGGAGACCCAUUACGCUAAGACUAUAUACGAUAUAUUUAUGUUUCUACUACAGUGUGUUCUACCACUUGUUAUUAUUGGUGUUCUGUAUACAAGGAUAUUGAUACAUGUCAACAAUAGAGUAGUACCGGGCGUCAGAACAGAAAACCAACACGCAUCGGAUAUGAAGAAAAAAUUGAAAAUGACGAAAAUGUUAGUGUCUGUGAUAAUAGUAUUCGCCAUUGGAUGGCUGCCUUUGAACAUUUGGUUUCUGACGUCAGAUUUUAGUUUUGACAUUAUUAAUAAUAAACAUUUCAGCUUACUCUACCAUAUAUUUCACGCUUUGGCAAUGUGUACAACGUGCAUCAAUGUGUUUAUGUAUGGAUUUAUGAAUGAGACAUUUC